CGUUGGGUGGAAAUUGAAAGGGAGCGGAUGGGAGGAGGGGCUGCGCUGUCAGUAAUUACGGUAGUUACUCACACCUACGUCCCCUGUCCCCCACCCCUGCGCUCUCUGCCCGCUACUCCUCCCCCCGGCCAUUCUCCGGGAAGCCUUUGUCUCCCAGCCUCCGAUCCCAGCUAGUGUUCAGUUGUGCAUAAAGGCGGUGGACAAACGUGGCUGAACAGGAGUUGUGAUAUACAGGGCAAACAUGCCUAAAUUUAGUAUUGUGACUUGGGCAAAUAUGGAUGGGAUGUAAGGGCAAACCAAAGUUGUGUGGAAUCAAGGCAAGAGGCAUGGCUCAGUGGCAUUUCAAGUGAUGAGAAUUCACACUCCUCCCCCGUAUUUCCUGGGAUCCUGCAUUUUACAGCCGCUGUGUUUGGAGUCAUGGCAGUACCAUUUGUGGAAGACUGGGACUUGGUGCAAACUUUGGGAGAAGGUGCCUAUGGAGACGCAGUCUGGCCUUGAACUUGGACCCUUUUGCCUUUGUCUCCAGAAUGCUGGAAUUACAGAGUUCAACUUGCUGUGAAUAGAAUAACUGAAGAGGCUGUUGCAGUGAAAAUUGUAGACAUGAAGCGGGCCAUAGACUGUCCAGAAAAUAUUAAGAAAGAGAUCUGUAUCAAUAAGAUGUUAAAUCAUGAGAAUGUAGUGAAAUUCUAUGGUCACAGGAGGGAAGGCAAUAUCCAGUAUCUAUUUCUGGAGUACUGCAGUGGAGGAGAGCUUUUUGAUAGAAUAGAGCCAGACAUAGGCAUGCCUGAACAGGAUGCUCAGCGAUUCUUUCAUCAACUCAUGGCGGGGGUGGUUUAUCUGCAUGGAAUUGGGAUAACUCACAGGGAUAUUAAACCAGAAAACCUCCUCUUGGAUGAAAGGGAUAACCUCAAAAUCUCUGACUUUGGCUUGGCAACAGUGUUCCGGCAUAAUAAUCGUGAACGCUUACUGAACAAGAUGUGUGGUACUUUACCUUAUGUUGCUCCAGAGCUUCUAAAGAGAAAAGAAUUUCAUGCGGAACCAGUUGAUGUUUGGUCCUGUGGAAUAGUACUUACUGCAAUGUUGGCUGGAGAAUUGCCUUGGGACCAGCCCAGUGACAGCUGUCAGGAAUAUGCUGAUUGGAAAGAAAAAAAAACCUAUCUCAAUCCUUGGAAAAAAAUUGAUUCUGCUCCUCUGGCUUUGCUUCAUAAAAUUCUAGUUGAGAAUCCGUCAGCAAGGAUUACUAUCCCAGACAUUAAAAAAGAUAGAUGGUACAACAAACCACUUAACAGAGGAGCAAAGAGGCCUCGAGCCACUUCAGGUGGUAUGCCAGAGUCUUCUAGUGGAUUCUCUAAGCAGAUUCAUUCCAAUUUGGACUUUUCUCCUGUAAAUAAUGCUUCCAGUGAAGAAAAUGUGAAGUAUUCUAGUUCCCAGCCAGAGCCACCGACAGGGCUUUCCUUGUGGGACACUGGUCCCUCAUAUGUUGACAAACUUGUACAAGGCAUCAGUUUCUCACAGCCUACAUGCCCUGAUCAUAUGCUUGUAAACAGUCAGUUACUCGGUACCCCUGGAUCCUCACAGAACCCCUGGCAGCGCUUGGUCAAAAGAAUGACACGCUUCUUCACCAAAUUGGAUGCAGACAAAUCUUACCAGUGCCUGAAAGAGACCUUUGAGAAGUUGGGCUAUCAGUGGAAGAAGAGUUGUAUGAAUCAGGUUACUGUAUCAACAACUGAUAGAAGAAACAAUAAGUUGAUUUUCAAAAUAAAUUUGGUAGAAAUGGAUGAGAAGAUACUGGUUGACUUCCGGCUUUCAAAGGGUGAUGGAUUAGAGUUCAAGAGACACUUCCUGAAGAUCAAAGGGAAACUCGGUGAUAUUGUGAGCAGCCAGAAGGUUUGGUUUCCUGCUACAUGAUGAAGCUGUCAACUCUGGGGUUUCCUGGUGAAUAUAGUGCUGCUAUGUUGACAUUAUUCUUCCUAGAGAAGAUUGUCCUGCAAACUGCAAACAAUAGUUUUUUGAAGAGUUCUCUUCCUAUUACCCAAACAUCUUCCAAUUCUUAGUAUGUUUUGCAUACAUAUAAUACUGUAUCUUAAUUGUAUGUAAUACUUUGGGGAAAGGAUGGAUCAAAUUCAUUGGGUAUUUCUCCAGCUGUGUUUAAAUUGUCUGAAUUUGAAAACUAUCUGGUAGAAAUUAAGUUUUGGGAUACAUGAGUUUUCCAGCUUUUAUCCAGCUUUUAUACCAAUGUAGUAUCACUUCUGAAAUGAAAAAGGAACAUUUUGUUUCAUCCUAAGAAAACAUAUUUCUUUUCUGCUAUUUAAUUGUAAAAAUGAAUAAACAGACCAUGUGCAGUUGAUUGGUCCAUGAAGUGAGGCUUGCUACAAAAAAUGUAUCCUGAGAUAUGUACUAUAUUUUUAGUUUGGGUGUAUGUAUCAUACAAGGGCUUGACCAGUUAUAUAAAACUGUUUUUGAGUUAUGAUGAUUAAAAUUACAAGAUUUGUUUUUUUUCUGGUGUAGCUAGUCAAAUAUAAAGUACUGGUUGGUCUUUCAAGAAGUUGAACAUAAGCUCCAGUGCUUAUCUUACUUUACUCUAAUUUUUACACACUUAAUUUUUUUUUUUUUUUACAUUCACAGCCAUAUUUUUACUCUAGAAAUAAAUUCUGUUUUCAAAAUCAAUGCCUAACUCAGUGAACUUAUUGGCCUCAAGUUUCUAGAUGACACUGACGGAAAAGGAGAUGGGGGAGUAAGGAAACACAAGAAUUGGCCUGAUUCUUGUUCCUUGCCUUCUAGACUCACUAAAGCUUUGUUUUGUUCAUAAAAUUUAUAUUAAAAUAUGAAUUAUA